AUGCCGCCAAAGAGAACCUACUCACCUACGAAAUCCAGAGCUGCCGCCUCAUCAGAUACGGGAGGCGGCGAAGAAAUAGAAAUCGUGUUGGACUCCAAGAAACGCGUCACGGUGCGCAAAUUCAAAGACAUCAACUUGGUGGAUAUACGUGAAUACUGGACCGAUUCACUGGGAGAGAGAAAGCCCGGUAAGAAAGGGAUCUCGCUAACGGAGGACACGUAUUUCGAGUUGAUCCAGGCGCAUAAUAAGAUUCAAAACGCGUUGGAUAAGUUGAACGGCGUUGGCGGUGGUGCAACUAAGAAAGCCAGGAUUGAAAAGAGCCCGAAAAAGGCGAACAAGGACGAUGGUGUUGGAAAAGAGGCAAAGGUUGGCAAGGAAGAUUCUGGCGAUGGAGCUCGGGACAACGAAGCUGGCGAUGGAGACGAGAAAUAA